AUGCCACUGUCGUUCGUGCCGCUGGCGCCGGCCCCGCCGCUGCUGUCCGGCGCCACCAACACCGUCCAGCCCAAGACGUCGAGCGGGGGGAUCGAUACCGUCUCGUCCGCUUCUUCGGAGGCGCUGAACGGCGGCCGCGAUAGCAGGCGUGCGCAGGCGGCGGCGAUGGCAGGGGUGGCACCGUCGGCGCAGUCCCCGAACGGCGUCAGCAAGGGAGACGACCCGGCCGGUCCGGAGGGCGGCGGGAGGGACACGCCGUCGCCGACACUGGCCCUCGCGAGGGCCGGUCUUCGAAGCGUGCCAAAGGAACACCGCAGGGAGCCGCGAGCGGUGGCGGCGGCGGCGGCGGAAAAGGCGAUCUCCAUGGUGGGCAAGAGCGUAGAGAGGGGGGGUGGCAGUGGCGUCGAAGCCGAUAGCAGUAGCGGGAGCGGGAGCGGAGUACAUACGGACAGGGAAGACCACGCCGGAGGGAGGUCGAGCCCGGACUCCUUCUACAGCGACGGCAGCGGAGACAGCAGCCGCGGGAGGGGAAGCACGACGCGGCGGACACACAGCAAGGUCCUCGAGCUCGAGGAGCGGCGGGCGGCGCUCGUCGCGGCCUCCCUGCGCACUUCGGCGGUGCCCCCACCCCCGCCCCCCCGGCUCCUGAGCCAAGCCAGCAGAGACGCGAACGGCUUUCUCAGGGGCGAGGUGACGCGGCCGAAGCCGAACAAGUUGCUGGCGAGGAGCAAGACUACCAUCGUCGAAAGGACCACCUCUUCCUCCUCCUCGAAGCUGGCUGGGCGAUCCGUUGCGGCGGUGUUUUUCACCAACAGACCGCAGGGAAGCGGCGAGGAUGACCCGUGCGAGGUCAUCCCGCUGAGGCCAGAGAUGCCGCGGGGGGUGGCGCCCAGAGAAUACUCGCCCCCACCACCGGGAGUGAAGCCUACUUCUUCCUUUGGCGCCGGCGCCGCUACGGGCGGCAGCGUUCGCUCGCUGGUUCCCGGCCCGCGCCUGGUCCUUGCGGGGCCGAGCUUCGAUGCCGACCCGAAGGUUUCGACCGCGGCCCCAGCCGUGGGAGGGGGCGGCGAGAAAAGACACGGCGGGAUGCUGCUGGUGUCGCGGGGGUCGAUGGACGACUUCCCUCCUGCAGAGAUGGGGGCCCUUGGGGUCUCGCUCGUGUGCACCAUGUGCGGCAGGAAAGAGCGGAAGAGAGACGCCGGUGUCGUCAAAGAGGUGAACGGCGGCGUGAGGGACGGCAGGAAGGGCGGCAAGGGGGUGGAGAUGGCGCGGUGCGCUCGGUGCCGGAAGGGGUGCUGCCAGGCGUGCUUGAAGCAUCUGCCGGCGCACUGCAGAGGGCCGAAGAUCGUCAUCCCCGUGUGCGGGACUUGCGCCCGCGGCGUCGACUUCGAGAACCGCUGGCACCAUCACCUCCUCGCCACAUCCCGCGACCGCGACCGCUGCAACGGGGUUAGCCACUUGCCGGCGGCGGCCGGCCAGCGCGAGCAGGGAGGAGGAGGACGCUCCAGGUCCGUUUCCCCCCGCGCAGACUCGGCUUGCGGUAGCAGCCCUGGCCAAAGCCCCCAGCGAAGGUCUCAAGCUGGCGCCGAUGGCAAACGCGGGGCAGGGUUGCGCGGCAGCGGUAGGGCGGAGCAGAAGGCGUUAGGGUCAACGUCGUCGUCCUUGUUGCGCGCCUCCUCACGGCUGAUCCGCCGCAGCUUGAGCAGCAGCAGCAUGUUGGGCGGCGCCCCGCCGCCGCCGCAGGCGGCGGCGAAGACGGCACAAAUGGCUGUUGAUGACAGCAGCGUGGGGGCGCCGCCGCAACAGCAGCAGCAGCCGCAACUGCCACCUGCUGGAUCGCGGGUAUUCAAGGUGUUGUCCCUGCCGAUUACUCGAGGAGGAGGAGGAGAGGGGGGCAACAACGGUCGGCCGCAUUCGAUACCCCGCUGCAGCAGCCCCCACCGCGAGGAGUCGGAGGAGGAGGACCCGGCGGCGGAAGCAGCGACUGCCGCCGCGCCUCCAAUCGCGGCGUCGUCUGCGAUGGCGUGGUUCGGGUCCUCGAUAGGCUCGGCGCUCAGCUCGCUGGCGUCGUCCGGGGGCGUCGGGAACGGCUCCACGCUUGCCUCCGCCUUCGCCCCGAAGGACCGGAGCGGCGGCGGCGGCGGGGCGACGCCUCCUUCCGCCAGGCUUACCCCGGCCUCCCCGGCCUCGACCUCCUCGUCGCCCGAUCAGGACCUGGAGCCGCCGCCGCAAGCUAUCAUCCCCGGCAGCAGCACCUCAGCAACCAAGCCGUGGGCUACCGCCGGUGCCCCGAUGGCGCUUAGCGUCGUCACCGCCGCCGCGGCUGCCGAUGGCGGUAGUAGUGGAAAGGCGCGCGCGAUGCUGCCGCCGGGGGGCGGGGGCCGGGCGUCCCCGCUCGACAACGGGAGGUUCGGGCGCGAUCCGACGGAGUGCCCGUGCGGCGCGGCCGCGCUGUACCGGGAAGUAAUGGAGGUUAGCGGGAAAGGGAUGGCGGUGGCGAUGGUGACUGCCGGGGGGGAGGCUGUCGGCCCGGAGGAGGCAGCGGCGGAGCUAGAGGCUAAGGCGCAGGCCGCGCACAAGCUGGUGAGGGCGAAGGCGUACGCGCACCUCCUGACGAGAGCGAUGAAGGCGCUGGCGUACGCGGAUCUUCAGGCGAAAGCCUUCGAGUUCCUUCGGGAGCGAGGAGAGGCGGCGAAAUCGGAGCAGGCGGGACUGUCACCCACCGCCGACGCGAAUCCGUCACGAAAAGACCGGUCCCUCCCGGAGGCGUUCUUGUCCGUGCGAGACGGCGACUCGUCACGCCUUGCUGCGACGACGGGACCGACGCCAACUGCUGCAGCUGCCACGAGAGGUGGCAACAACGGCAACGACGUCCGCUCACUCGCGGUGGCCGCGGGGGAAAAUACGCUCAAGGUCUCGUCGGCGGGGGCGGGAGUGGGGGUGGGGGUGAGGGGAGUGCUGCAGUCUGUUGGGUCUCCUACUGCCUCCUCCUCCUCUUUCUCCUAUCCGCGAGUGGACUCUUUGCCGUCGGUAGCGACAGGGGCUGGGAAAGCACCAGAAACGGCCCCUUUUUCCCAGAUGGACUUGAACGAGGUGGCGGAGGUGGUGGUGUCUUCGUCCUCUGAGAUGACCAACACCAUGACGACCGCAGCAGCGUCGGAGUCGGAUUCACCCCGUAGAAGAUUUUCUUCGGAUGACGGAGGCGUUGCCGUUAAACGGAGCGGGGUUGCGGGGGGCGAGCGAGGCCUAAGGCAGGAGGAGGAGGACCAGGAGGUGGAGGACCAGGAGGAGGAGCGUGUGGCCGGUGCGAAUGGGGCAAGGGCCAGGAGUGACGGCGGAAAGAAGGACGAGGCGAUGGGGCCGAACGCGGAAGGAGAAACCGGAACACGGCAAUGGCGAUGGCGAUGGUUUUCGUUCGGAUGA